AAAACAUAAAUGAUUAAUCAAUUAACGAAGAACGAGUUAAUUGGAUUAUUUACAUCCAUUAUUGCCCUUCUCAUAUACGUUACAUGUCUCCUCCACACCAAAAGUCGUACGAGACUGCCUCCGGGACCAAAUCCCUGGCCGGUGAUCGGCAACAUGUUUCAACUCGCCGGUUCACCGCCACACCACUCAUUGACUAAACUUUCACGGCGUCACGGGCCUAUCAUGACUUUGCGCCUCGGGUCGAUGCUGACGGUUGUGAUCUCUUCGAGCGAAGUGGCUCGGGAGAUUUUCAAGAAGCACGAUGCAGCGUUGGCUGGUCGGAAGAUUUACGAGGCGAUGAAAGGAAGGAAGAGUAGUGACACCUCGCUCAUCACGGCUCAGUACGGUGCUUAUUGGCGGAUGCUGCGGCGACUCUGCACCACUCAGUUUUUUGUCACGCGCCGUCUUGAUGCUAUGAGUGAUGUACGUUCUAAGUGUGUUGAACAGAUGCUUCGGUUCGUCAAGGAAGGUGGCCAAAACGGUGAGUAUUGUACAAAAACAAUCGACGUGGGGAGAUACUUCUUCUUAAUGGCGUUUAAUCUCAUAGGAAACCUCAUGUUCUCGAGGGAUUUGCUCGAUGCCGAUUCAAAAAGAGGCUCCGAGUUCUUUUACCACACCGGUAAAGUGAUGGAGUUCGCCGGGAAACCCAACGUUGCCGAUUUCUUCCCUUUGCUAAGGUUUCUUGACCCACAAGGAAUCAGAAGAAAAACACAAUUCCACGUGGAGAAAGCCUUUGAAAUCGCCGGAGAGUUCAUCAGAGAACGAUCAGAGGUUAGGGAGAGAGAAGGGAGCAACGAGAAGACGAAGGAUUACUUAGAUGUUCUUUUGGAGUUUCGUGGCGGCGAUGGAGUCGACCAAGAAGAACCUUGUAGCUUCUCAGCAAGAGAUAUCAACGUUAUUGUUUUUGAAAUGUUUACAGCGGGGACGGAUACGACAACAAGCACGUUGGAGUGGGCACUAGCGGAGCUACUACACAACCCAAGAACCUUAACCAAACUCCAAACCGAACUCCGAACAUACUUCAAGUCCCCGAAUCAAAAGCUCCAAGAAGAAGACAUUUCCAACCUUCCUUAUCUCUCAGCUGUUAUCAUGGAAACCUUAAGGUUACACCCACCUCUGCCUUUCCUAGUCCCACACAAGGCCAUUUCUACAUGUCACAUCUUCGGCAAAUACACUAUCCCUAAAGAAACACAAGUCCUGGUUAACGUUUGGGCGAUCGGGCGCGAUCCUAAAACAUGGAUCGACCCGGUUAUGUUCAAACCGGAAAGAUUUAUAUCCGACCCAAAUCCUCGAGACUUCAAAGGACAGGAUUUCGAGUUUUUGCCAUUCGGGUCGGGUAGACGGAUGUGUCCAGCUUUGCCUUUGGCGUCACGGAUCUUGCCGUUAGCGAUUGGAUCGAUGGUAAGGUCGUUUGAUUGGGCCUUGGAAAAUGGGGUUAAUGCAGAAGAAAUGGAUAUGGGAGAAAGAAUUGGUAUUACAUUGAAAAAAGCUGUUCCUUUGGAAGCCAUUCCAAUUCCUUAUCUAGGCUAGUCAGUUAGCUUUUAAAACACUUAAAAUCACCAAAGCAAUCCAAUAUAUGUAUACCACCCCAAAAGAAAAAAUAUCUAAAAUGCGAAGGUGUUAUUGUUAAUGAAUCGAUACGGUUCACUGACAUAGCCGAA